AUGACAGGUAUGCAGUAUGUAUAUCAUAUAAUGCUCGACCCAUUCGUGACGCUGCAGUUCGUUGUGCUAGCGUUGAAACUGUGGACUGGAUUCAAAGUACUGAACAGACGCAUUCUUCAGACAGUAGCACCAAAAACCGACUCGUGUGUGGUGAGUAUACUGCUGGGUCCUUCAGGGUCGACACCUGGCGCAUCAAGCAAUUUCCACGAGCUGCAAAGGGCACAUCUUUUAUUACAUCGGGCCGCGGAAGUUCUACAGGAUCACUUCGGAAUGACGGUAGCCCUGGACCUCACUUAUAGCAUUUCUGGGAUGAUCUGCAGUUCGUACGAGAUAGUCACAGCUAUCAGCCGCGAGAAAAAACCGGUCGGCAUUCUGGACGAAGGGCAGACGCGCGUGUCGCUGGUGUGGAUGGUGCUGCACGUGUGGAAGCUGUCGGCCAUGACGCUGAGCUGCUCGGCGGUUUCCACAGAGGCGGCGGCCACGCGGCUGCUGGUGCAGAGGGCGGUCGCCCUCCACAGCACGCCGGGUCCCCAGCUGGGGGCGCUGCUGCGUGUGGUCACACUCAGUCCACAGCUGCGCUUCACCGCCGCCGGGUUCGUCACCGUCGACCGCAGCUUGCUGGUGUCCGCCCUGGCUGCGGCACUCACGUACCUGGUCCUACUGACUCAGUUCAGUGGGAACUACUAA